AUGUCUCAGGCGGCCAAGGCUGCAGCCACCACAGCAAUGAACCCAGGGUCUGAGGCCAAGGGGAAGGGGGCACCACGCAGACCAGCCCCAGCCCCAGCUUCUGUGCCCAGGUCCAGCACCAAAGUAGGGGACCUGCCUCCUGGGAGCCAUAGGCUGGUGGUCUUCGAGCAGGAAAACUUCCAGGGCUGAGGCGUGAAAUUCUCAGGGGAGUGCCUGAACCUGGGGGGCUGAGGCUUUGACCGAGUGUGCAGCCUGAUUGUCACCUCUGGACCCUGGGUGGCAUUUGAGCAAUCCAACUUCCAAGGAGAGAUGUCUGUCCUAGAGAAAGGUGAGUAUCCGCGCUGGGACACCUGGUCCAGCAGUUACCGCAGUGACCGGCUCAUGUCCUUCGGGCCUGUCAGGAUGAUGGAAAGAAUUGCAGCUGCUGUGGUAGAUGGGCCUGAAAGAUUAACCAGGUCUGAAGCAGAGUUGGGGUGGACAGAAGAGUCUGUUCCAAGCUGGGUUGGCUACCAGUACCCUGGCCACUGUGGCUACCAGUACCUGCUGGAACCUGGCGACUUCCGGCAUUGGAAUGAAUGGGGAGCCUUCCAGCCACAGAUGCCGGCUAUGCAUCAUCUUCGAGACCCGCAGUGGCAUCUCCAGAGCUGCUUCCCUGUGCUGGCUGCUGAGCCCCACAAGUGA